AUGGACGUCCGCGCCUAUUCUCCUGCGUCAUGCGCCAGCCUCUCUGCACUCAUCAUUGCUGCUCAUGCGAUCUUCGUUAAAUCUCGAAACGAUUGUCCUUACUACGGUCAGAACGCUUGGCAGUGUCUCAAAUUGCGUGCGGUUUGGAAAAUCCGUAAAGUUGUGGGUGGAGUGGAGAAGAAAUUAAGAAAUUUCCAAGGUACCUUGAAAAGUAUUAUGUUUUAUGCUUCUGAUAUGGGAUUUAAAUGUUUAUCAUUUUGCCUACCGUUGCAUUUGUUUUUGUUUGGUCAUGAAAGGAUAAUGCGUUACUGCUUUCGGCAUACUGUAAUUUAUAUAAUUGAAGGAUUUUCUAACAGCUUCGAGGAUUCGACAAUGAAUAUACAACGUAAAGUAAAAUGUACAGCCUCAGUGGAAGCUCCCAAGGUACAUGAACAGACUCAUUCAGCUAUAACGGAUGCCUUAUAUCAUUGUCCCCCGCCGCCGAAACCACCGUUUGCAGUGGCCAAAGUUCGGCGUGGGCCAGUUACGCCUCCAAGUCCUGAUGAGAGUCGCUUGUUGACAAAUAAAGAUACAGCAGACCGACCAAAUAUCAGUGGAGACGGAUAUCUUGCAGCAAAUUCUGGUCGUAACCUUCUAAGCGGGGCAGCAAGUAUCUCAGGAAGCCAUCCAGUUUUCGCUGAGCGGACAAUUAGGCGUGGCCCACAUACUCCACCAUAUCCUCCGAAAUCACCUGAUUCUCGAUCACCAUCACCAAUAGUUAAUGAAAAGCCAGUAAAUAUAAAAUCGAUCGCCAAGCCAACAGCAACGAGAGAUCGAAGUCCAGUAGUUGUCUUACCAACAGUUAAUUUGUGUAAACCGAACUAUUCCGGCAGUACAAGUCUUCGAGGAUAUACAGGCAGCAGUGGUAUGCCACAAAUGACUUGUUUCGGUUCUGCACCAGGUAUGCAUGUACAACCAUUUCUGAUGAUGCAGUCGACUUCAACAGCAACAACCCUCUCUCCGUACAUGAAUACACAGACGAACAACCAUACAACUGGAAUUUUUCAAACCUCUACUUGGUCAGCAGAUUCUAGCUUUGGAGUUUGUCCUCCCUUCAGUUUUGCUUCGUCAAUUUCUAACGAACGCUUACUUGGUCCUGAAGUACUUACUGUUCCUCCACCGCCACCGCCUCCUCCACCACCAAAUGAUAUGCGACUGGUGUCUCAGUCGAAUUUUUGCAUGAAAAACAGCACCUCUUGUUCUGUUAAAAGCGAUCCGAAAUCAGGGAUUCCUUCUAUUACCAAAUCGAAGGAUAUACCGAUGGCUUUGGAUCCGAUAUUGCUUGAUCUUGCUGACUUGUCUCCAAAACCACGAGUUCCCAAAUCAACAAAACCUGCACGCUUUCAAAACGAAAGAAAAAAAUUAUCUGUUCACAGAGAUUCAGCUGUUAAAGAAUGUCACGAUGCCUUGGACACAAAAAAUCGUGAACAGAAAUGUACUUUAAAAUUGGUUGGAUCUGAAAAAAAGGAAAGUGAUAAAAAGGCUAAAGAAGGGAUCAAGGCAAUUAAAGUUUUAAAACCGUCCGAAAAGGUUAAACGUGAAGAAAUGGAUGGUGUGGAAAAUAAAAAUCCAAAGCCAGUUGAUGGUGAUCUACAUGAAAUCAAACAAGCAACCAGUAACUCUCUUAAAUCGAUGGGAAGUGAGAAGGAAGUAAAUAAGGAUGAAACGAGCAGUACUCUUUCAAAUGGUGACAGUGAUUCGCUAAUAAAAGUUGUGGACGAUGGGAAAGUAACGAAAGUAGAUAAAAAUCAGAUGGAUGUUUCUGUUAUCAAAAGUGGUAAAAUCCAACAAGGUGAACUGAAUUUGGAAAUUAAGCAGGCAGCAGACAGUGAUAUACGUGAAAGACGAUUGGCUAUUGCUAAUUCAGAGGACGGAGAAAAACCACAGCGAGAACUUAAAGAACUGCGAGAGGAAAUAGUUAUGGAAAGAAUUGUCGUUGUUCCAGAGGAUGAUUUGAAUGGCGAUGAAUUGAUAUCAUGUAUUGAUUCAGAAAGGAACUCUACUCCGGAUAAUGCUCAGUUUUUCUCAGUCUCUGUGAUCUCGUCAAAUGAAAAUCAUGAAGAUGAAGUUGUUGAACUUGGACCACCAGCUUCUCCAGUACCUGGACUGCGUGGACGUGAAUAUUCAUCUCCAUCCACAAGUGGCUUCACCGAUUCCACACCAAGCGCUUUAUUCAGACAGGCAACCGCAGCUGAUGUUGCAGGUUGUUCAAAAACUCUACUGCAUGACAGUAAAAGUAUACCACGGCAUAAAAAGAUUCAUAAUCAACUGCCAAAGAUUUCUGAGAAGUUUCGAAAAUACAUUCAUGUUGUGACGCAUCCAAAUGGUGGCGCUUCGAUGCUUAAAGCGGAUUGGUCGAAAAUUAAAGAACAUUUCAGCGGCCCCGAGCUGGAUGAAUUUACCAUAGAAUUUGUGACAUUUGGCUUGUCUGAAGUUGACAACACUCCUGUAUUUGUAAUUGCUGUUAUUGAAAACGCUGCUGAAUACCUCCAGAACGGUUUGGAAUAUUUUGCCAAGAAAUUUCCCCAUAUGCCAGUAAAGAUUGGAUCACUCACCAGUAAGCAGUGUGUUAGUACAACAACUGUUUCGGAAUAUUAUAAUCAUGUUAUGGAAACUUGCCACCAUGGAACUUUUAGAUAUGGUCCAUUACACUCGCUGAGUCUGGUGGGAACGAGACAAGAAGAAUGUGGCAAUUAUUUCAAAGAACUGAUUGAAUGGUUGGAAAUGUUCCCAAUGCUUAAACUUCUAAUGCCGUGGGGUGAGUGGUCUGGAGCAGAUCUCGAAAGUCCUUCUGAUAGUGAUGAUGGACCCAUUUUUUGGGUACGUCCAGGUGAACAGAUGAUAAGAACUGAUGAAAUGAAAGAAGAUUUGUCAUCCAAAACUCGAAAGCGAAGCGCAUCAGUUCGACCACAUGUACCGUCCUACAGAGAACCACGUGAAUUCUUCUUCGAAGAUCGGACACCAUGUCAUGCAGAUCAUGUAGGUGAUGGAUUGGAAAGGCGUACAACGGCUGCAGUUGGUGUGCUUCAAUCAAUUUAUGGACCAACGGAAAAGAAAAAAAAUAAGAUAGGAAGAAGAGCAGUAAAAGAUGUCGUUUGCUUCCAUGCAAGUGAUUUCGAAAGAAUUGUUGACGAGUUACAGUUGGAUCUUUAUGAACCUCCGAUGUCACAGUGUGUACAAUGGGUUGAAGAGGCAAAACUAAAUCAGUUAAGAAGGGAAGGAGUGCGUUAUUCACGCUUUUUGUUGCAUGAUAACGAUGCUUACUUUCUGCCACGGAAAAUAAUCCAUCAAUUUCGAACUAUAAGUGCUUGCGCUUCAAUUGCCUGGCAUGUGCGACUUAAACAAUACUACAAUGACAAUGCGGAAAUGGAAGCACACGAAAAUGAAGUAAAAAAAGCGGAUGUGAAAGUUAAUGAAAGUGGAAAUCGUCGAAAACGGAAGAAAGAUGACACCAAAAAAUGUGGGAGAUGGAAAGGAAAAGAUCGUAUGAAAAAAGCGAAGCGUUCGGAUGAUUCUGGACCGAAAUCUUCCAAAUGA